AUGAAUCUCAGGAACACAACGGACGUUUCUGAGUUCCUCCUCCGAGGAUUCCCAUACCAGCCAGAGGUCCAAAGUCUCCUCUUCCCACUCUUCCUUUCCAUCUAUCUCCUCACCCUUCUGGGGAACAUGACAAUCAUCUUGUUGAUCCGCUCCGACACGCACCUCCUCCAUACUCCAAUGUACUUCCUGCUCAGUCACCUGGCCCUAGCUGACCUUGGCUUUACCUCCACCACCAUUCCCAAGGCAUUACAUAACAUGCUGUCUCAGAAGAAGACUAUCUCCUACCCUGGUUGCCUGGCCCAGAUGUAUUUCUAUGGGUCUUUUGGCAACUCAGACACCUGCCUGCUGGCUUCCAUGGCCUACGACCGCUACGUGGCUAUCUGCUGCCCACUGCACUAUUCUGCCAUGAUGAGCCACAAGCGUUGCCUCCAACUGGCCACCGUGUCCUGGAUUGUCCCCUUAAUCCCCGCAUUGCUUUAUACUCUUUUGAUGUCCCGUCUUGAGUUCUGUGACCCUGAAGAGAUCCCUGAUUUCUUCUGUGACGUUUUCCCACUUUUGGCUAUCUGCUGCUCUGACACCACCCUCGUAGAAAUAAUGGUGAUGACUGAAGGUGUAAUGGAGGUAGUGAUCCCAUUUGCACUCAUUGUCAUUUCCUAUUCACUCAUCUUCUACACCAUCAUGAAGAUUCCAUCUGCCGUCAUGAAGAUUCCGUCUGCCGUCGGGAAGCGCAAGGCCUUCUCCACAUGUGGGUCCCACAUUUCUGUGGUGGUCUUGUUCUACGGUGGUGUAAUCUGGAUCUAUUUCAAGCCAAAUGCCAAGAACCCAGGCCUCCAGGACACGGUGGUGACUGUGAUGUAUACCAUGGUGACGCCCAUGUUGAAUCCCUUCAUCUACACCCUCCGGAACAGCGAGAUGAAGUCCGCCAUGAGGAGAGUCAUUAGGCGGCAUUUCUAUUAA